AUGCAAGCAUUGUGUAGCAUGACCAGGAUGCUCACCCUGUCCAGAGUGCGACUGCUGUGCAGUCUCAGAGCAUAUCAGACGCGCAAGACAUUGGUGAAGCAGCUCAGCUCGAUGGCGGAUCAUGUGUCGACAAAUUUGCAUCGGCAAUCCAAAUUGAGCACAUCAAAUAGGACUCUCUGUCCCUUGACACCCGUCCCUUCCAUCCUAUCUCCCCAUCGAAAGCUCCACGCAGACCCGCAGAAGCGACCCGCCGGGGACCCGCCUGCAUCGAAAGCUCUCGACACGGCAGGUUCGAAGAAGCCACGAAAAAACAUUCAUUGUUCGAUACUGUACUUUGAAGAACAUCACAGAAACUGA